CUCAUGGUGGCCUAAACGGUUUUGAUCAUCAAAACUCGUGACUGGUGUUCGGAUCUCAGUAUAUAAUUUAGCAAGCAGCGGUUGUGCAACUCAUUGCGGGUAUCGUCUCCACAUUCGCCCGUUUCAAGGCAAUCGAAGACAAUGGUAUGGCUAAACCUAUUAGCUAACGCAAUUUCCAUCUGUUGUCCAGCGGGCAGAAAAGAAAUUACUCAUUCAAGGAAUUUUAUCUGUGAUAGGAGGAAUAUUGAUACAUUUUACAUUCGGGCACUUCUAUACUGUUGGUAAGAAUGUUUUGAUUAUUCAUAAAAUCAGCUAAUAUGGUGCCGUACAUCAUGGGAUAUACAAAAGCUCGUGUCGACAAGGAAGUUAAAAACGAACUUUCUGUUUGGUUGUCCGCCCUGGCCCUUGGCGUCCAAGGGUUCUCGAUGCCUCUCGGCGGAGUACUCGCCAAAAAAAUCGGCUUCAGAUGGGUCGUCGCAGUCAGCUGUCUACUAGAAAGCGGUGGAGUCUUGGCGACCUACUUCACAAUUCAGUACUCGUUUAUCGGAGUAAUGAUCACUUACUCUCUCAUCAAAGGGGGUGGUCUUGGUUUGGGUUAUUCCGUUGUGCUCGCAGUGGCAACUUCCUGGUUUCCUGCAAGACGUGGCCUCGUGGUCGGGCUCACUGUUGCUGGCUUCGGAAUGGGUGCUCUUGUCUUCACGCCUGUACAAACAGCGUUUAUCAACCCCCAUAACGUUUUGGUGGACAAUGUAACCAGGCAAUUCACCGACAAGGAUGUCCUGGAUCGCGUUCCAAAGGUUUUUCUUCUACUUGGUGGAAUAUUGCUCGGUCUGCAAAUAAUUGGGUUCUGCUUACUUCGUCAAAGGCCGACAUCGGCGGAACCUACUGAAAAAACCGAUACUGCCGCUAGAACCAAGCCAUCCCAGGAGGAGAAUCAGAGUGACACUGCGGCCGAGGAAAAACGGGUAGAAAACUUGUCACCAAAGCAAGUGAUCCGUCGCUUGGACUUUUACCUCCUUUGGAUUGUAAUGUUUUGCAAUGUCAUACCCGUUACAAUCAUUACAUCGGCCUUUAAGUAUUUUGGACAGAAGUAUAUAUCUGACGAUCGCUUCCUGUCGAUAGUGGCGACCACAUCGUCGCUGUUUAAUUCCUCUGGCCGAAUAGCUUGGGGCGCGCUGGUGGAUAGAAUUUCUUUCAAGAUCCCACUUUGCAUGAUGCUAACAUUGUGGGCCGCUGUCUUGGUCACAUUUCCCCACCUGGCUCUUGCUGGCCCCACGGCACUCAGAGUGCUAUACUUCAUCUGGGUUUGCCUCCUCUGGCUUUCCUUGAGUGGCGUGUUUGCCAUUAUGCCAUCGGCAACCGGGAUACUGUUUGGACAAUCGGGAUUGGCAAUCAAUUACGGAAUGAUAUUCAGUGCAUUUGCCGCUGGGAGUGUAAUGUGUGGUCUCUUUGCCACGUUUCUUCCUUCCAAGGAUGCCUAUCUUUCCCAGUUUACCGGUUGCGCAUGUGUUUGCCUAUUCGCUCUGUUCACAACGAUAUGGAUCGCGGACAGAAAAAUGAGCCCAAAAUUAGACAUCUGUCAUUGGUGUAGCACACGAUGUGCUAGUUGGCGUGGGUCGGGCAAAUGCGAUGCAGAUUCGCGGAUGGAACUUGAACAAAGAGCCGUCUAAACUGGUAGCUCGCUCUUCCAUUCUUCUCAGCCGGUUACGAAAAUUAGGGACAUGUUUUUUUGGAGAUUAAUGUUACAUCACUUUCGCUGUCAAUUUGAGCAAACACUAUGUAUUCGGCUGCUAUGUUAUGAGGUUACCAAGUACACAGCUUCGGUUUGUUCACUUGGUAUCCUCGAUUUUUAACAUCACCGUAGCGUUUUCCAGAUUCUUCAAGCUAUAAUUCAAGCUACUCGCUUAUUUUGUGUCAUUGCGUUUGAGACCGUAAUUGUGAACUUUGUGCAUAAAUAUAUAUGUGUAUUCCGAUU